AUUAUUAUAUAUUAGUAAUUACUUUUUAGCAACAAUAUGUUGGUGUCGUUGUUGUCGAGGCUAUGUGGUAGUAGCCCUAUGCACAAAGUUUACACAGCCACACACACAAAGACGAAAGGCGGAGGGCGGUCGUGGAGGCUAAACGCCAAUAAAUGCAGUUCACCCACCUCAUAUGUCAGAAAUAGUUUAUUCACCUCUCAACAGUAAACACCUGAACACCUAAAAAUAUUUACGUAGGCCUGCCACUGGUUAUAAACCUUGGACAACAGCCUCCACAAUCAACAAAAACACCCGUGACAACAUAGGGUUUUACUUUUUAAACUCAGAAUAGAUGUCAUCCCUGGGACCUGGUGGCUUUAUAGCUUUAUAUGGGCUUCAUUAAACCUCUUAUCUCAUCACUUAUAUAAUAAACUUAUGGUCGUGUGUUCUGAUGGAAGCCAAGCCCUGACAAAUACCUGCUGUCGUUCAAAGUCUGCUUCCUCAUUUGAUCUGUCUUCCACACUGAGGAGCCCAGCAGCUCGACCUUUACCUUUGACACCUUAGAGACCCUUUUUAACGUUCUGUCUCUUUUCUAAAGACUUAUGUUUUGUUUUUGGUAAACAUCAGAAUUUCUUUAAUCAUCCGAUCUUUAUUUCCUUGUGUUUUAACUUUUUUAUUUUCAUACGACACGGGACAGCACACAUUGUCAUCCUGGAGAAGAUUAGGAAUGGCCUCUUCCAACACAUCCUUGUCUGAGGAGAACUUUUCUUGUUCCAUCUGUCUGGAUGAGUUCAACAGCCCAGUCUCCACACCAUGUGGACACAACUUCUGCAGAACCUGUAUUACAACGUUCUGGGAUGACAAAGUCCAGCACAAAUGUCCUGUUUGCAACCAGACUUUUCCCACAAGACCUGAUUUACAGGUCAAUACCUUCAUAUCAGAGAUGGUUGAUCACUAUAGAAAGUCUGUACUGGUAAAAGAGCAGCCUUGUGUUGGACCAGGAGAAGUUCCCUGUGACGUCUGUACUGGAACCCAGCUGAAGGCUUUGAAGUCCUGCCUAAUGUGUCUUAUCUCCUACUGCCAAACCCACCUGGAGCCCCAUCAGAGAGUUUCCGUUCUGAAGAAACAUCAGCUGGUUGAGCCUAUGGACCGUCUGGAAGACAGGAUGUGUAAGAAACAUAAACAGCUUCUGGAGCUCUAUUGCCAUACUGAACAGGUGUGUGUGUGUCUGUCCUGCACAGAGAUGGACCACAAGUCCCAUCCUGUUGUACCCCUAAAGGAGGAAUAUGAAGUAAAGAGAGCCAAGCUGAGGAAUAUAGAGUUUAAAGUUCAGCAGAUGAUCCAGGAGAGACAACGGAAGAUUCAGGAGAUCAAAGACACAUUCAAAUGCAGCAGAGCUGACGCAGACAGAGCAAUAGCCGAUGGUGUGCAGGUUCUCACUGCUCUGAUGCGCUGCAUUGAAAAGUGCCGUGAUAAUCUCAACCAAACUAUUAAAGAGGAACUGAAAUCCACAGAGAAACAAGCUGAAGGCCUCAUCAAGGAGCUGGAGCAGGAAAUAGAAGUUCUGACAAAUAGAAGCUCAGAGGUGAAGCAGCUCUCACACACUGAAGACCACCUCCACUUCCUCCAAACUUUUAGAACCCCGAGGAAUCCUCCACCAACCAGGGACUGGACAACGGUGGAGUUCCAUCCUCCGUCAUUCUUAGAGACCUUGAGGAGUUCUCUGGAUCAGCUGGAGGAAACACUGAACAUGGAUAUGAAGAAGCUGCCUGUCUUGAAAUCAACUCUAACUAAGUACCAUUGGUUCUCAAAGUGCGGCCCACAGGCCAAUGGUGGACUGAAGAAACAUUCCUGGCGGCCCGCAAUGACAUACAGAUAUGCCUGUGAACUCACACUGGACCCAAACACAACCCACAGACGACUCUCUCUGUCUGAGGACCACAGAAUGGUGACGAUGGUUGGAGGGGACCAGUCGUAUCCGGAUCACCCAGAGCGAUUUGAUUACUGGACCCAGGUGCUGUGUAGAGAGGGUCUGACUGGCCGCUGUUACUGGGAGGUAGAGAAGAAAGGACGUAUUUCUAUAGGAAUGACAUACAGAGAAAUCACAAGGAAAGGAAGUGGUAAUGACAGCAGGCUUGGAGGGAAGAACACGUCCUGGAGUCUUCAAUGUUCUGAUGAUGGUGUAUACAUUCCCCGGUACAACAAUAGUGUAACAGAGAUACGUCUCCCCCCCGCUGGCUCUAACAGAGUUGGCGUGUAUCUAGACCGGCCUGCUGGCACUCUGUCCUUCUACAGAGUGUCCCCAGAUGUAGGAGGGUCCUCAGACACACUGACACACAUCCACACCUUCCAGUCCACCUUCACCCAGGACCUCUACCCUGGGUUUGUGUUAGGCCCUGAUUCCUCAGUGUGUCUGUGUCGUUCGUAUUGACACACACACACACACACACACACACACACACACACACACACACACACACACACACACACACACACACACACACACACCUACACACUCUGUCUAGUAAAGAACCCAGGGGUAGCUAACAAAAUGAGAAUGGCUCAGCUGCAACAGUAAGUGUGUUGAGUUCUGACUCCCAGAAGAGAACUACAAAA